AUGAGAACUAUCCCAAAAUGGGUAAACAAAAUCCAUGAAGCUGAUAAAAUUGAACCGUCUAGUGUCCACGAUAUAUGUUUUAAUCCAGAUGGAACACAGCUUGUUGUUGGUGCUGGUGAAAAAGUUAUGGUCUAUGACCCUCGAGAUGGAGCUCUGGUACAAUUACUGCAAGCUCAUAAAGCAGCGGUCUAUGCUGUAGCGUACUGUGGAGAUGGCAAGAAAUUUGCAAGUGGAAGCGCUGACAAAAAUGUUAUUAUUUGGACUUCCAAAAUGGAGGGUGUCCUUAAGUAUUCCCAUAGUGAACCCAUCCAAUGCCUUGCAUACAAUCCAGUCUCCCUGCAUUUGGCAUCUUGUGCAUUGUCUGAUUUUGCAUUUUGGUCUGCUGAUGUCAAAGCUGUUCAGAAAUACAGAGUAACUGGGCGGAUAACAAGUUGCGCUUGGUCAUCUAAUGGUCAAUUUUUGGCAAUAGGGCUAGCCAUUGGUGCUGUAUCCUUGCGGAAUAAGAUAGGAGAUGAAGUGCAAUUAAUACAAAGAGAGGCCCCCGUUUGGGCAGUAACAUUUUUAAAAACUACUCUUCUAGUCAGUGAUUGGAAUGAUACACUGUCAUUCUAUAAUGUGCAGGGUCAACAAGUACUGAAAGAUAGGAAUAUAGGAAUAUCUGCGUUAUCCUUGUCGGUUUUCGAUGCGGUGGUGCUUGUCGGAGGCAUGGGUGGUUGGGCUGUGCUCACAAAUGAGGGUAUCAGCAUGCUCAGCACUCAACAAGAAUGGGUCUGGGCUAUUACUCCAUCAAAGUCACACAACACAUUGGCAGUUGCAUGCCAAGAUGGAAGUUUAUGGUGCUACCAGGUGGUUUUCAGUACAGUACAUGGCCUAUAUCGUGAAAGAUACGCUUAUAGAGAGAAUAUAACAGAUGUUAUUAUACAACAUCUUACAACGGGUAACAAAGUUCGAAUCAAAUGUCACGACCGCGUGCAAAAGAUCGCAAUUUAUAAGCAUCGGCUUGCCGUGCAACUACCAGAGAGGGUGGUAGUUUAUGAGCAAGGUGAUGCAGAUGGAAUGCAGUAUCGUGUUAAGGAGAAGGUACCACAAAGAUCUGAAUGCUCACUCCUCAUAGCAACAAGCAAUGCUUUGUUACUUUGUCAGGACAACAAACUGUCAAUGAUUGGAAAGCGUACUCCUAAGUCCUGGUCGUUUCCAGCCCCAAUACGCUACGUCAAAGUCACAACGUUAUACUUCAAGGAGGUUCUCCUUUUGGGAUUGCUUAAUGGUCAAAUUUGGAAAAUUGAACCGAACGAGGGCGAAGCGGAAGUCGUGCUGGCGACGCCCUCCGGCGUGAGGUGCGUGGACGUGAGCGCGUCGCGGGGCCGUUUGGCGGUCGUCGAUGACUCGUCCGUGUGCCGGGUCUACUGCCUGCCGACGGCCGAGCUCCUGUACGUAGAGGAGAACGUCUCUUCAGUGUCUUGGAACUCGUUGUGCGACGAGUUGCUCUGCUUGUCAGGCGGCGGCUCAUUGUCUAUUAAGGCCGGCAGCUUCCCAGCGGCUACGCAGCCUUUGGUGGGCUCUGUGGUCGGAUUUCAGGGUGGCCGUGUGUUUUGUUUGCAAGCGAAUGCGAUGCAAACGAUCAACGUGCCACUAUCACACGCGGUGCAUCAGUAUGUUCAGAAGAAGAUGUUUAACGACGCAUAUGCGGUGGCGUGUUUAGGAGUGACGGCCCUGGACUGGGAAAGGCUAGGGAUGGCGGCAACUGAUGAGCUCGCAUUUGAAGUGGCUAGGAAGGCAUUCCAACGCAGCGAGAACAUCACCUACCUUACCCUCAUCGAUCAACUGCAGGAGCGUUUCGAGGCGGGCGAGAAACGCGGCGUAGUUGUUGGCGAAGUGCUUGCAUACCGCGGCAAGUAUACAGACGCUGCCAACUCGUUUUUGACGUGCGGUCGCGAUGAUCACGCCCUCAAUUUGUAUCUGGACCUGAGGAUGUUCAGUAAGGCACAGGAGCUGGUGGGCGAGGGCGAGGGUCUAGCUGCGCUGGCGAGGCGUAGAGCGGAGUGGGCGCGCCACGUGAGCGAGCCACGCGCCGCUGCCGAGAUGUACCUGGCCGUGGGCGACGUGCGCCGCGCCGCCCAGCUGAUGGCGGAGAACGGCCGCAGGGACAUGCUGAUUGAGCUGGCUCGCAAGCUGGACAAGGGUUCGAGCGAGCCACUGCGUCACGUCGCGGAAGCCCUCGUCGCCGUCGGCGAGCCCGCCGCCGCUGCGGACGUUUACCAACGCCUCGGCGAUUAUAGAAAAGUAGCACAGUUGGCAGUAUCAGCUGGCGAGUGGUCGCGAGCGUUCGCGCUCGCUCGCGAACAUUCAGAUUGCAAACGCGAGGUGUAUUUGCCGUACGCUCAUCGAAUGGCGAAUGAAAACAAAUUCAUAGAGGCGCAAAAAGCUUAUCACAUGGCCGGUGAGUCUGCGACGGCUAUGCGCGUGUUCAGUGUACUUGUGGGCAAUGCUGUGGCAGAAGAGAGGUUCGCUGACGCUGGCUACUUGCACCAUCUACUCGCUGUACAGUGUCUUGAUACUGCCGCUACCGCCAAUGGCAAGGACCGCGAGGGGGCGCUGCUCAGCUGGGUACUCGACCUGUGUGCUUUAGAUGGACCGCGAGAGGGCGCUGCUCAGGGACCGCGAGAGGGCGCUGCUCAGCUGGGUACUCCACCUGCGUGCUUCAUAGAGACCGCGAGAGGGCGCUGCUCAGCUGGGUACUCGACCUGCGUGCUUUAUAUGGACCGCGAGAGGGCGCUGCUCAGCUGGGUACUCGACCUGCGUGCUUUAUCGGGACCGCGAGAGGGCGCUGCUCAGCUGGGUACUCCACCUGCUUGCUUUAUAGGGACCGCGAGAGGGUGCUGCUCAGCUGGGACCGCGAGAGGGCGCUGCUCAGCUGGGUACUCCACCUGCGUGCUUCAUAGGGACCGCGAGAGGGCGCUGCUCAGCUGGGUACUCGACCUGCGUGCUUUAUAUGGACCGCGAGAGGGCGCUGCUCAGCUGGGUACUCGACCUGCGUGCUUUAUAGGGACCGCGAGAGGGCGCUGCUCAGCUGGGUACUCGACCUGCGUGCUUUAUAGGGACCGCGAGAGGGCGCUGCUCAGCUCGACCAGCUGGGGACCGCGAGAGGGCGCUGCUCAGCUGGGUACUCCACCUGCGUGCUUUAUAGGGACCGCGAGAGGGCGCUGCUCAGCUGGGUACUCGACCUGCGUGCUUUAUAGGGACCGCGAGAGGGCGCUGCUGAGCUACGAGCGGAACGCUCGUCGGGCGCUCGUGUACCACGCUUACGAGGCGGCGCACCGCUGCGUGCACGAGCCCUUCUCUCUGAGCCAGCCGGACGCGUUGCUGAACGCGGCGCGGUACGCUCUCGCCCGCAUCGACACCGAGCCGCCGCCAGGCGUCUCCCUCUUGUAUCCUUUGAGCGUCCUAUGUGCCGUAAACCACUAUAAACACAGCGAAUUUUCCAAAUGUGACGUCAAAACUAAAGCCUAUUUUGCCGCUCCAAAGGCAAAGACGUUGAAUGCAAAUUCACUAGCACAGCAAAUGUUGGACAAAAUUCUCAAUCUCCAAAUACCUCAAAAGUUUCAGGAAAGUGUGGAGUUGUUGAUAUUGAAGAGCCGCGCGAACGCCGUCAGCGGUGAUAAUCAGGACGAUGAGGUAUCGCCGCUAUGCUGGCGUUGUCGCCGCCACGGCCCGCCACUGUGCGCCACACGCUGCCCCCACUGCCACCAUCAGCUCACGCACUCCAUCGCCACUUUUGAAGUACUACCAUUGGUGGAAUUUGAGCCGGCAGAAGGUGUAACUACAGCAGAAGCAUUGGAUUUAAUAGAACGUACACCUCUCCCCGAAGCCACUACUAAGCAAGAAUCAGGAGAUGCUGAAAUUCUUCGGAUAGACCACGACAUCGAUUCUUCAGAUCCAUUUCUGGAUAAAAUUGAGGAGGACGACGAGACCGGCGUGGUGCUGUGCAGUCGCAACGCCCUCUUGCGGCUGAAUCCCGCUAGCGUGGUGACGUUGCUGCGGCCACCCCUGCCACCGCGCUUCUACCGCAACAUGCUGCCCGAGCUACCGGUGGCUGCGUGCCCGCAUUGCCAGAACCUGUUCUAUAUGGAGGACUACGAAAUACAGCUCGUUACGAAGGGUCAUUGCCCGUUCUGUCGGCAUGAGGUGGAGGGGCCAAGUGGCGAAGACGCAGAAGACGGCUCGGCGCAGAACGGAUCCGGCGCCUCAACCCCUGAGAGCCCCAGCAAUGGACACACCUCAUGGCGA